AUGGAAGAGUUGAACUUUGAUAUUAAUGCUCUUGCGAGUGAACUAGAUGGGUAUUUAGAGAAGCUAACUGAUGAGCAAAAAUCUGCAUACGAUAAGAUAAUUGGCGCUGUUAGCGGUAAUAUGGGUGGGUUUUCUUUUUAUAUGGUCAAGGUGGUUGUGGAAAAACAUUCUUAUGGUCAACUAUCUCAUGCUCAAUUAGGUCUAAAGGAGGGAAGUCCUCUUGCAAGGUUAAUAACUAAGGCCAAAUUAAUCAUAUGGGAUGAAGCUCUAAUAAUAAGUAAGUAUUGUUACGAAGCUUUAGACAAAUAUCUCAGAGACAUCUUGAGGUGCUCAGAUUCGUAUAAUGCUCAUUUGCAAUUUGGAGGUAAAGUUGUUGUCCUGAGAGGAGACUUUAGACAAAUUUUACUUGUGAUUCCCAGAGGCUCAAGACAAGAUAUAAUUCAGUCUUCUAUUAAUUCUUCAUAUUUGUGGCAUAACUGUAAGAUUCUGAAGCUUACAAAAAAUAUGAGAUUAUCACUAGGUGAAACCAACAACGUACAAGAACUCAGAAAUUUUAUAGAAUGGCUACUCAAAAUUGGUGAUGGUUUGGCUGGUGAUACAACAGACGGUGAAUCGAUCAUUCAUAUACCAUCUGACAUUUUGGUUAAGAACUCCGAGAUAGUUUUGGAUGACCUCAUUGAUUUUGUGUAUCCAGAUAUGUGA